CUCCCUCUCUCCCUUCCCUCGCCUCCUCCUCCUCCCCUUAUCGCCCCAUGUGUUGUGCGAGGAAGCAGCUUUGCUAAAGAGACCCACUUGCGAAAGAAACGGGAGCAGCAUAAGGCAGCGGCAAGCGGCGGCAGCAGCAGCAGCAGGAGCAGGAGGAGGCGGCUGCGAGCGAGCGAGCGAGCAAGCCGGAAUAGCCUCGGCAGCAAAGGAGGAGGGGGGGAAAGACCGAACAAGCGAACGAACGAAAGAAAGAAACGAGGGAAGAAAGAAGCGAGGAAGGAAAGAAAGAGCUGGGCGAAAGAAGAAGAGCGAGGCACGCCGAGAGAGAGGGACGCACCACCAGGAAACCAGGGGGGAACCCGAACCCCCCAAAGGCUCCCUUAGCCUAUUUCGCGUGUGUGCGUGUCUCGUGUGUGUGCGCGCGUCCCGUGUGUGCUUUUUUGUUUGUUUUCUUUGGCCAGGGCUUUUUCUUUUCUUUUUCUUUUCCCUCCCCCCCCUUCCCUCCCUCCCUCCCGUCCUCCUCUCUUCUCCCUCCCUGCCUCCCUGGUUGAUGUUUCUACAGCUUCGCCAAACUCCGAGCGGGGCAUCCGAUCCCAGCACUCCCACCGGCGGCGGCAGCGGGAGGAGGAGGCGGCGGCGCAGCAAGGACGGGGCUCCGGAGCGCCGCGCCGAGCGUGGGAUCUUCUGCCGCGGCGCCUUUCGCUCCUCUCCUCCAGCGGCCGCGCGCCGGAGUUGCUGCUGCUGCUGCUGCCGCCGCUGCUGCGAGCUUUCCCCCCUCUUUGGCUUUCGAUGGCUUUCCUGAAUGGCUGACUGCGGGCUUCUCUGGAUCUGGCCCCCAGACACCAGCCUCUCCUCCUGCAACUCUGCUCGGCUCCCAGAGAGGGAGGGAGGGGGGGAACUCUGAAGAGAAUCGCCUCUCUCUCUCUCUCUUCCUCCUCUCUUCCUCUUUUGUACUUUUCUCCUUUAUUCAUUUGCUACCAGACAAUCGCCUCGAACCUCUUUGCUCUGCUUCCCCCUUCCUCGUCCCCUCUCUUCUUUCUUCCUCUCUCUCUCUCUUUCCUCGUUCUUGCUCUACUUUUCUUCCCCUCCCCACCUCACUUUGGUGGCCCGCAUUGCUGACUUUAUUUUGGGGGACUGCCCAGCAAGGAAAAAGUGGGGCGCAAGCAAGCAAAGGGAAAAAAGGACAUUAAAUUAAUUUAAAAAGAAAGGACCAGAGGAGGGUAGAAGAGAAAGAAGAAAAAGAAGGGAAACCGCACACAAGCCGAACAACUUCCACAAAAAAGGGAAAAAAAGAAAGAAGGAAAGGGGGACAAAAACUCGCCAACGCGAACUGGGGAGGACAGCAAAAGAGAAAACAAAUAAAAACAAAGGUGGACUAAAUUAUAUAUUUAUAUCUAUCUAUAUCUAGACAGAGAGAUAAAUAGGUCUCUCUCGCAAGGACGCUUCCUAGCUGAAGAGCUGCGGGCUCAGCCCUCGGAAGAAGCGGAUCCGCUGGCAACCGAAAGCUACGGGGGGCGAGCAAUUUGGCCAAGGUGUCCCAUAGAUAUGGCAAUGGUAGUUGGCACGUGGCGAGACCCGCAGGACGAUGUGGCCGGCCCGCAAGGAACGCAGCCUUCGCAAGCGCCUCCUGUGCCGGGACCCCCGACGGGUGCCCCGCACACCCCGCAGACGCCGGGCCAAGGGGGCCCUCCCAGCACGCCCGCGCAGACCAACCAAGGCAGCCAGCAGAGCCAAGGCGAGAAGCAGCAGCAGCAGCAGCACAUCGAGUGCGUGGUGUGCGGGGACAAGUCCAGCGGCAAGCACUACGGGCAAUUCACGUGUGAAGGCUGCAAGAGUUUCUUCAAGCGCAGCGUCCGCAGGAACCUCAGCUACACGUGCCGCGCCAACCGGAACUGUCCCAUUGACCAACAUCACCGCAACCAGUGCCAAUAUUGUCGCCUCAAAAAAUGCCUCAAGGUUGGCAUGAGACGGGAAGUUUCUUCCUUAUUUACUGCAGCCGUCCAGAGGGGCAGAAUGCCACCUACUCAGCCGACCCACGGCCAGUUCGCCUUAACCAACGGAGACCCCCUGAACUGCCACUCGUACCUCUCCGGAUAUAUCUCCCUGUUGCUGAGGGCAGAGCCUUACCCGACCUCGCGCUUCGGCAGCCAGUGCAUGCAACCCAACAACAUUAUGGGCAUCGAGAACAUUUGCGAGCUGGCGGCUCGGAUGCUUUUCAGCGCCGUCGAGUGGGCCCGGAAUAUCCCCUUUUUCCCCGACCUCCAGAUCACCGACCAGGUGGCCUUGCUGAGGUUAACCUGGAGUGAGUUGUUUGUCCUCAACGCGGCCCAGUGCUCCAUGCCCCUCCACGUCGCCCCGCUCCUGGCUGCCGCCGGCCUGCACGCCUCGCCCAUGUCCGCCGACCGAGUUGUAGCCUUUAUGGACCACAUACGAAUCUUCCAAGAACAGGUCGAGAAACUUAAGGCCUUACACGUGGAUUCGGCGGAAUACAGCUGCUUGAAGGCCAUCGUCCUUUUCACCUCAGAUGCGUGUGGUCUCUCCGACGUAGCCCACGUUGAAAGUUUACAAGAGAAGUCCCAGUGUGCGUUGGAAGAGUACGUAAGGAGUCAGUAUCCGAACCAGCCUACGCGAUUUGGGAAACUGUUGUUACGCCUCCCAUCUCUCCGCACCGUCUCUUCCUCAGUCAUAGAGCAAUUGUUUUUCGUCCGUUUGGUAGGUAAAACCCCCAUAGAAACCCUUAUCAGGGAUAUGUUACUGUCUGGAAGCAGUUUUAACUGGCCUUAUAUGGCCAUUCAAUAAGGGGAAAAAAUGUUGGAGAGAGGAAAAAACAAACCCACACAUGAGAGAAUUUGAAAAAAAAAUUGGAGAUUUUGGAACGGAGGAUUUUUGCGAGUGACAUUGGGGUCUGGCGGUUGUUUAAACGUCCUUCAGCUAAGCAAGGAUGUUGCUUCUUGGCUAAAAAUGAAGAGAGAAUAAUUGGAAUGGACUGAAUACUAAUUAAAAAAAAGACUUGUGAUAUGAACUUUUUACAGACUGAAUUAAGAAUUCCCCUGUUGUCCAGAAGUUGCUACUUCUCUCUCUCUCUCUCUCUCUCUCUCUCUCUCUCUCUCUCUCUCUCUCUCUCUCUCUCGUUGUUUUUUAAAAGAAAAGGGGAAAGAAUUUUUUUCUUUUUUCUGGGGUGUUUAACUUGAAACACAAUCUCUUGCUAAAAGUGCAUUUAAAAGAAAUCUGGAGAAAAUUAAUGGAAUGGAAACAAGUCUCUCUCUCUCUCUCUCUCUCUCUCUCUCUCUCUCUCUCUUUCCAAAUUAUUAAUUUGUCCUAUGUUGUCUGUGUACCUAUAGGGUUUUGUUUGGGGUUUUUUUUGUAUUUUUUCUGGUUCCAAACCAGUUUAUUCUGUGGUUCUAUAAUAAUUUUGAUAUAAUCUUGCCUUCAUUUAAAAAAAACAACAACUGUGUAUCCUUUAAAAAAAGUUCUGAAAGAAUUAAAACUGUCUCAGAAAGGUUUAUGAGAACAUAAAGAGAAAAAAAAUCCCCACAAUAGUAGGAAAGAUGGAAGCGCACUUACAACUAGUCAGCCAAAAUUUAGCUCCAAGCUACAACAGCUAUAAUUAUUGAGACUGAAUAAAAGAGAACCACAACUAUCCCCCACCCGCAAGCCCACCUUCCCUUGACUAGGUUUUUAUAUAUAUAUAUCUAUUUUAAAGACAAAACAUGAAUUUUGGAAGGGAAUGCGUAUUUCUUGGAGGGAGAAGGAAUUGUGUCUAAGACACAACACGGUUUUGAUGAAAACACACAUACAUACACACACGCACACAAAACCACACAUAGGGUUUCAUCACAAAGUGAACUUUUUGUAAUUUGAAUGAAAAUUGGGUUCCUCCUAGUUGUCCUAAAUUGUUACCAAGUUCCUCUAUCUGUUUGUAUAUUUGCAAGCUCUUUGUAUUAUAAUACUUGUUGAUAUUUUCCCUUUUUUUAAAGAAAAAGAAAAAAACCAUUGAAUUCAGCAUGACAAAAAAAAUAACACUACUGUUGGCACUUAUAGAUAAUGUGGUUGAUUCAGUAUCUUAGAGUUUACAGUUUUUGUGUUUUAAAGAAAAAAAAGCUGAAGGGUUUUUUUUUUAAGUGCAACAUUUCUGUAUACUGUAAAAGUUAUAAUAACUGAAAACUGUUUGGUCCAGUCUUUGUGUGUUAUAUUCCAAGGAAAAAUUGAAAGUAUUCAGAAAUUAAAAUAUUAUUUGAUAUCUGACACCUUGUAUGGCUCUCCUAAAUGUCUUGGGGUAAAAUAUUCCUAUUUAUUCUUCUGUUGAAGAGGUUUUGGUCCUUGGAUAGAUAGAUAGACUCUGCUUCAAAAUCGGCUUGCAACACAAUAGGUGUUGUUUGUGUGUGUUUCCUGUCAAAUAGGUGGUGGUGGUUUGGUGGUGAUGGUGAGAUGUUCCAGCUUCAGCUCCUGGUUUAAUUGUGGCUUCAUGAGGUCGCCAACCUAAUCCUCAAUAUGUUUGCCCCCAAAAUAAUUUUCACAACCUGUGUGUAGAGUACAUAGGAUUGCAACCUAAGAUGGCAACAUUUCCUUUCCUCUUAUCCUCUUGAUAACUACAAAAAUAAUAGUAGUAAUAACAACAACUGCAGAGGGGAUGGUUAAAAGAGCAAUGACCCGUUAAUUCUGUCACACUUAAGUGCCUACAUAGGAACUGAUAUAAACACAAGUACAAAGAAACACACAUAGGUAUGUAUGUAUGUAUGUAUGUAUGUAUGUAUGUAUGUAUGUAUGUCUGUGUUGUGAGUAUAUAAUCUGGUUCAAGCAAAGUGGCAUUAUUGAAAAAGUAGGUCAGUUGUUUGCUCUGAAUCCCAAUGUCUGUGACAUAGAGAAGAACUCUGGAAUUGUUGUGUGCUGGUUGUCACUGAGAGAUCUUUUCAACUCAGAAGUGGAUUUGCAUUGUUUCCUCACCAUUUCUGUUCUUGCAGAGAGCCAAAGAUUCUCAGACCAUAAGACAGAAUGUACAAGUUGUGUGUGUGUGUGUGUGUGUGUGUGUGUGUGUGUGUGUAGGCACCUAGCAUUAUAAAAGAAGGACUUAUAAUAAUGCAUUCUGAGUCUAACUAUAAUUAGGAAUAAGUAUGAUUGAUUCCAAAAGACGCUGCACUUAAGGCUGCAGUCCUAUGCUAGGAGCAAGCCCCACUGAAUACAAUGGGAUUUAUCCCGAAGGAAGCACACAGGAGUUUGUGCUGUAAAUAGUAGUGUAUUUGUUUCAACCCAACAUAUUGAGUAAAGGCCAGAUUCCCACUGAAAUUAUUGGCUCCAGUAUGGCCUUAAAUUACUCAAAAACGCUUCCUCCGUCCCUUCCUACAGUCAACUUUUCUUACUCUCCCUGCGCUUCAGCUCUCCAAAGCAGGUUGACAAAAACUCUGAUGUCUUGUGAAUUUGAGUGGGAGGAGGGAAGUAUAGAGGGUGUGCUCAAAAUAGCCCCUUGUCACCUCUUCUUCUAAGGCUUUCUGCCCCCACCCCCAGCCACACAUUCUGACCCAUACAUACAUACAUACAUACAUACUGUACAUACAUAACGAAAGAGCCCACCAGUUUGUGAACUACACUCCAUCUCUGGCUGGCUUCCGUUCCAGGCAUAUGGACCAAACAUUGUUUUUAUUUAUUUAUUUUCGAGGAAUGUGUGUACUCUUUGGGAAUGGCUGCAAAUGAUUUUCCCCCCUAUGAACCCAAGGCACUUUUGAUAUGCAUAGAUAAAUAUGCUUGCUGGUUUAGAGAGGAAAGUGAUCCUCCGGUUUUAGUGGUGCUUUUCGUGCUGGUUACUGUUUGCUACUCUAAAGGAUGUCUGUGUCUGAAUACAGUACAGUAUGUGUGAAUGAACUUAACAGGGGAGUAGAGCUUCUCCUUCUCUAACUUCACCUCGAAGGAUAUCCCCCUUUGGCCUGCUUGCUUUCCGUGUGUGGUGGUGUUUGUUCUUAAACAAUCGUUUAUUGCAAAAUUGCAAAUGUGUUUCCUGGCAUAUUGCAACUUAAUGAUGUUCAGCUCAGCCAUUCCUUGGUUUUUCUUCUUCCCCCACCUUCAGACAUCUGGGCUGUUGCUCGGUUGUUCUUCCUCUAUAUACCUGUCUCUCUUGGCGUUGCUUUCCCUCCCCUCCCUCGCUUCCCCACCUUAACUUUCUAAUCGAGCUUGGACUGGAGAGAUGGCGGCAGAAAAGAGCUGAAUGUAAAAGGGAUUCAACAAAAACCCAGCUCCAGCCACCACCACCACCCCGCCCUUCCACUUUCCUUCUUCUGCCUCGGUAAAUUUUCCAUUCCAUCUCUCUCUCUCUCUCUCUCUCCAUAUAUGCAUCCAUAUAUUUGGAAAGGCUUCGAGGUGGAGUUGUUUAAAGGCUUUCAGAUAGGUGCGAGUUUAUGGCAUUUAAGGAAAGUUUUUCUUUGCCUGCUGACUUAGAACAAAGGAGCUCCCCCCGAGCAAUUGAGCCGGACAAAGGAGGUGGGCCCGGACUCAGAAGGAGUCCUAUGUGAAAUUGACUAGCUCUUAUGAAAAAGCUGCUAAAUACGAGCAACUCUUUCUCUUGAAGUGUCCGGAGAUUUCCCUCAAGCCUCCCUCUCUAGGGUGGUUGGAUUUCUUUUAAAAAAUAAAAUAAAAUCUAAGUUCUUCCCCUUCCCAGCACCAGUGUUAGAAUUAUAAGUAAAAUUAUUAAAGUGACUCUCCACUUAAAGAACAGCAGGGGAAAGAGCCUUUGAAAUACGAUUGUUAUUAAUAAUGUUAUUAAAAGCACAUAUGGGAGAAAGCUCUCUUUCCGCCUUCUCUCUCUCUCUCUCUCUCUCUCUCUCUCUCUCUCUCUCUCUCACACACACACACACACACACACACACCCCUUCUAUUUUUCUCUCUCCUUCGUCCUGCCCUCUAGCAAUUAACUUCACUAUACUGAACCAGGUGAAGGGAGAGGGAGAAUCUUAUUCCGAAAGUUAAAGCAUAAGGGUUUGGGGGAUCGAGCUUGCCUUAGGACAAGACAGGGCGAGGAUCGCGCGGAGAAUAUUGGAGGCUUUGAAACGCACGCCAGUGAGCGGUAGCAUACACGCAACUCGCACGCAGGCCGGUUUAAAAGGAUACUCGCUGCGGAUUGCGUUCACUCCGCUUGACUGACGCUAGAUCUCACGCUCUUUCUAGGUUCCCCACCCCCAACCCCGUAGCAAUUACUGGAGAGACAGCAGAUCGUUCCUCUUAAAGAGUGGAUUCGUCCUCCUCAGUGGCGUCUUUUUUGGGGGGGGGGGGAGAGGGGAGGAAAUAUGUUUGCGGUGUGUGUUCGCGGAGGGGGAAUAGAUAAAGCGUGUGAAACUAUUGCCUUGAAGCUGGGUUGUCCUAUUAACUCAGCCAACAUGGCGUCUCCCAGAAGUGUACUGCAGAGAGAGAGAGAGAGUCCUGCUAGGCAAAAGGAAUCGCGUUGUGAUGAGGAGAGAGAUCUUUCCCUUCAUCCUCGUAAUAAGUCAGGAGGAGGCUGGUAUUUAAACGCAUACACAAAGCUGCAGGCAGCGGGGCACCUCUCUGCAAAAACUCCCAAGCCAGCAAUCGAGUCAAGGCAAGUCCAGUGGUUAGCUGUGGAUUUAAAGAAGCAAGGGAUGUGUGCGUUGGAGGGGGGGGGAGAUAUUACAAACCCUCCACAGCUACCCGGUGCACUGUCCAGUUUCUCCAUCACAGGAUUCCGAAUUCCUAAACUUGUGAUGCGCUCUCUCUCUCUCUCUCUACGGUAGCAGAUCUCGAAAUAGACAGAUUGGGCUUCAAGGUGCUUUUCAGAUAGCGUGGCUCACACGUGCAUCUAUCCCUUGAUGUCAUGCUCCUAAUCCGUGGGUAGAGGAAUGCAGUGUGACUAGAAGCCACCCCCUGGACUCGCCGUCCACAACCUCUUGAAAUCCAUUCUUGGCCACAGGACCACUCACUUCAAAUGUGGAAUUACUUUGCUUAGUACAUUUAUACACUUAGGUGGGGAUGUCUGUAGACCCGCUUGAGCGGGUAUCUAGGAAAUGUUUGGAGGAAAAUGCCCGCCUUCUCGCCUCUCUUCAGUCUAGCAUAGUGGUUGGGGGUUGGUUCCCCCACCCGAUUCUAGGAUAAGGUUUAUUUUCCUAUCGUCUUCCGUUUGGAGAAAGGACUUAAAAGAGAUUUGCUGAGGUGGUCUGGCAUUAGGUAUCCGCAGAGGGGCGGACAGACGUGACUGAAGACAUCCGUAUUGCAAAGGCGAGGAGGUGGGCGGAGAGGGGCUCUCUUAGGGUACACGUCCGAAUCUAAAUUACCUGGGAACUCAGCUUGCUUUAAAAGCAUCCCUUUCUUAAGCUCCACGACCAUUGGAGAAAGGAGGGGGAGAAUCCCUCUGCAGAGCGUUAUUUAAUUUUUUUUAAAAGAAGUGAUGAAGCGUUUUUGUGCUUGUGUGUGUUGUCAAUCCCUUAACAAAAGGUGCUCUUUAAAAGAAUGGCGUUGAGAGCUUGAUCUGCAGCGAGAAACCCAAAAAUCAAUGAAUUAUUAUUAAUAUUUUAGGGGAAAGGGGGAGAGAGCGUGUCUUGUCUACAUAGAAGAGAGACGGUUCUUGACGAAGAUGGAGGCCUUCUUAGAGUCUAUUGAAAAGGGAGGCUAGGAGUUUACAAGAGGGGGAAAGUGCUUCUGAUCAUCCCCUCCCUCCGUCCGCAUUUUCUCCUCUAUCUGUUAAGCUUCCCGCAGCGCGGCUGUCUACUUAAUGGCAAAUUUUUACCUCGUUGUGGUCAUUUUAAAAAACGCUUAGUCCUAGUUGUUUGUUGUUUGUUUGUCACAGGAACUUCUAGGUGCCCCCUCUCUUCCCCCACCCCGUCGCGCCAGUUUAGGAAUGAAUGUUUUGGUAUUUAUUUGGAAAGAUGGUUGCGAUCCUUCCUGCUUGUCCCUUAGAGUAAACACCACGAAAGAGAACGGUUGCUGAAUUUGCGUAAACAUGCGUUAAGAGUGUUGUGUUCGAUUUUUUUAAAAAAUUAACAGACUGAGAAAAUAUGAGCGUGGUAUUUAAUAAAAGGUGUGGAUUUAGAAAAGGCUGCAGAAAUUAUCUGGGUUGUUUGUUUUUUUCAGGGUAGGUUUUUGGUUUUUGUUUUAUUUUGUUUUGCUUUGUUUUUUGCACACCAAAGAAAGCAAAAGGGGGAUAUUUCUCUCUCACACACCCCUUUGCCCCCAUCCUUCCCCCACGGAGUGUGUGAAACCUCAUCCUGGGGGAAGGGGCCUUUAACUCGAAUCUUGGGAUGGGGCGAAGCGAGGCCUCUUCAAUAAACAGCCCCGCAUCAAGAGUGUAAAUAACUCUCUGCUUAAGAAGGUGACAGGCUCGGGGGAGAGAGAGGGAAACCCCUGCGUGAGUCUCUUGGAAGGGGAUUGGGAGGGGUGGGGUAGAGAGAAAGAAAGAAAACGGAGAAGUCGGUUCCUUUUGCACGGAACGGUUAUACAGCCCAUGAAACGCGGCGCAAGCCCAUCGCUUAUCCCUUAGAUCUUCCGCUCUUCCCUAAUACAAACCAGAUCUCCGCUAUUGUUUAUCAUCCGGGCUCGUGCCCGACAAGUUAUAAAUCGUAUUGCCCUUUUGAUAACGCAGUUGUAAUCAGUUAGCAUCGCAGCCGGGCCCAAUUGUAAAACUGCCUAAUUUAAUAUGUCAGAUGUGCCAUUAAAACUUUAUAUAUUUAUAUACAUAUGUGCAUUCCCUCUCUUCCAUCUCCCUUGCCCAUCUCUUCCCUAGGAGAGAAAUGUCAACACUGUUAUUGUUGUUGCAGUUGCUAUUAUUAUUAUUAUUAUUCGAAAUAAUGUCUUGGGUUGGGGAUGUAGGCCUUUGCUAAGACAUCUCUAUAUUACUACUACUACUAGCAUCCAUGAGGGAUAAGCCCUCCCACUAAUGCUUCGGUCUUCGGCACAUAUGCUUGGGGGUGUCUCCCACGGCUUUGAACUUCGUGAGAUUUACUUCGGAAUAAGCGUUUUUAGAAUGCGGGAAGAGGACAUAUAUGUUUGGCCAAGGAAAGAGACUCUUGUCAGCCCGGGUUUCUUUGAGGAGGGGGAAUCACAUUUAUUGCAAAGGUGCAUUGUGAUUAACUGAGCAAACGCCGGGGGAGGGGGGGGAUAUUAUUUUAUCCGGAAAAUUCUCUUGCGUUUGCGUGGAAAGCAGAGUUGUGGAAGAAGGCGCUUGGUUUUCAAUGGAUCUUCUUGGUUGGAGGCGAUUCUCUUUCCCCAAAUCCAUUCUCUCCCCCCACUUUCUGAACCCCCAUUAAUAUAGUGUGGCGGCAGCAAGGGGAAAGAAAGGGUGAAUCAUAAGGCCUGGUGACUUUUUCGAAUGUGUAAAAACACACAGCUUUUUAAAUCCCUGGCUUUUCUCCCCCCCCCCCCACCUCCUUCUAAAACGUGGUGGUGUUUGGGAGAUUCGUCUCUGAGGAAGCCUGGAGCCCGGACAACAAUCGCGGUCCAAGUUAGCCCCAAUUUGGAUCAAACUUACAGAGGGUUGAUUUUGGUUGACAGAGCGUGUGUGGAGGCUGAACUCCCAUAAUAUGCACUUCUGUUCCUUUAUUAGGCUUCGACAACGAACUAAUGAGCUUUCCCUCAGAAGAUUGUCACUCCUAUUUAUUUUAUUUUCUCCACCCCUCUUCCGAAGAAAACUUGGAGACCGAGGGAAUAGACGUUUUUAAAGGUGUGGGAGCUGGAGAUAGCUGCUGAUGCACACACACACCCCAACAUCAGGGGGUGGCAUUAUUAUUAUUAUUAGUAGUAGUAGUAGUGCAGUAGUAGUAGUAGUAUUACUAGACAGCGGGUAAGAUCCAUCGAAAGUUCAGUACUGUACUCGGAAAGUCCCAUUGAUUUGGCUUAUGCCGCGCUUCCAAGCAUGUUGACGCAGGGGUAAGGCCCCUGGAGUUGACCGUGAAUCUUACCACUUGCGCUUAGGGUGGCAGCGAUCCUAUACACACUGGGUUUGGUAUAUUACACAUAGCCUUGUUGUCCGGCUCGUCCUUAGCUUCCCUGGAAAUCUCUCUGCUUUUUCUUUGUCUGGAUGGUCUUAAAAGCCAGCAAGAACAAGUAUCCCGAAGGAAUGGCAAAGGUCAGAACAUCUCUCGUUUUGCGCCCUGUUGGGUUUCACUAGGAUUCCUUAGGUCGAUUUCAAGGUAGCUAGCGAAGAAUAACUUUCCCAGCGGAUUGGAAAGUUUGGGCAGUUUCUGAGCUCGAAGGACGCCUCGCGGCCCCAAGUUUAAAAAAGCUGAUAGGUCCUAGCUGAGAAACAGGAGGACAGAAUGAGAGGAGUGCUGGCUGGUUGGCGGGGGGGGGGGGGACAGGACACGACGACGUUGAUCCCAUCUCUCUGCGAGAAAUAGGUGCCCACGGGACUCCAUUAACCUACCUGGAAGGCGAUGAAAAAGAAACAGAAAAACUAACCUGAGGCGAAGCGGAAAUGAAAUAAAAAUUAUAUCAAGAGAUAUAAUCGAAUUGUUUACAGAACAGAGGCAGUAAUACAUGUUACCCUCCCCCUCCCUGCGGCUCUUUAUUUUCUUUGGAUCUCGAUUUUUGUUUUAAUCCUUCCUUUACAAAUUUCUGAAUAUUGUCUUUUGAACUGAGCCCUUUACCUUAUUAAGGUGAGCGCGCGCGGGGUGCUUGUGUGUACAGAGGGAAAGAGAGACAGGGGGGUCGAUUGCUGCAAUCCUCUUUGAAACACGCUUCGUUUAACUAUUUUACACAAGUUUGCUUAGAUCCCUGGGGGAUUCUUCACUUAGAGAAGGCUGAUACUAGAGUUAAAAGCUUGCGAAGUGAGGGAGGGGAGAGAAAAGCAGAGGCUGUGGUGGAUCAUAUCUGGGGGGGGAGGGCUUAUCUCACGUGGGUGGCAAUAAUAAUAAUAAUAAUAAUAAUAAUAAUAAUCCAUCUGAAAUUGAAACAGUGGCCACUCAACUAAGGAGAAAUAGGCCAGGGCGUCCAAAUUGAAAUGAGCAAAGGUAUAAAUAAUAUCCUGUAGUCAUUUAAGUUACAGCCUAACUUUUCCUCUCUUUAGGUCUGAUUCUCGGUUUUAGUUUCCCCGCUCGUUUUCUCCUCCAGCAAAUUGAUGUUAACGUGUGUCUUAGACUUUGACUGUAAUCAGACGCCCCCCUUCCCUCCCUCCUCUAUUCUCUCUCCCUCUCUCUCUGAAGCAUUUAAUAAAUGUCUAUUAACGCGCUCCAAACCUAAGGUGAAUUUACUGUCUCCCGGUUUCCAAACGGUACUAAUGAUAGAUUUAUCAACAGGGACUCGCCUCCCAGCGCUGUAAGGGAGACCCGCUCAGCGAAUAAGUAUGACGAAACACCCAACACCAAUAUCAUUAUUUCUACAUGGGGGAAAGAACUGGAGGGUGGCGGCGGAGAUGUGUCAGGGUAUCAUCUGAAUUAAUUAAUCGGAAUUAAAAUCGGGUUGGGGGGGGGGCAAUCCUUUCUUUUUUGGUACCGCGCCUUGGAUGCAAUCUUCUUUCUUUCUCGUUUUGGAACUGUUGUUUCGGAGGUGAAAUUAAGACACGAUCCUUGUUUGGAUGGUUUUCUCUUUCUUCCGGGUGCCUUAUUGUGGUCCGCCGCCCGCCCGCCCCCCCCCCCGCUUCCCAGGUUGCGGAUUAAGUAACUGCCCUCUUCACGUUUCAGAGCUGCUGAGAACUCAAUCUUAAAUUUCCAUGCUGUGUUUUGAGAAUAUAUUUCUUGUAUCCCCCCCCCACUCCACCGCACCCCCCCCAAAAAAACCCCUCGAAUAAAAUCCAUUCAAGACUGGAGUGACCUCGCCUUGAUGCGCUUCCGUUUUCUAACUUUUUCCAUUCCUGGAAACAUUUAAGGAAAAGGGGGGUUCGUAAAGAUGGAAAUGGGGGAAAGAAAAGCAAAUCACUGGGAAAAGAGGAUGAGCCAGCCCAGAGAAGCCAAAUAUGAGACGAAGGGCCGUUGCAGUCUAGGGAGCUAUAGCCAUGCGACGGCGAUCCUCUAUGCACAUUUACCUGGAAGAAAGUUUCUCUGAACUAAUGAGGAGAAUCACGAGUAAACGUGCGUGAAUCAGACUUUGGAAGGCCCCUAGCGCAGCGGUAGAGCGUCUGCCUUGCACCCAGGAGUUCCCAGGUUCAUAUUCCCGGCAUCUCCAGAUACGUCUAGGUCGGAGAACCAUUUGUCUGAAUCCCUGGAGAGCCGCUGCCUGUCAGUGUAGGCAGCUUUGUAUGUGCCUCUGUUCCACCAGGCUGGAGGCAUAUUUACUGAGAAGUAAGCACCUGUCACCUCAAUGAUUUUUGUUUCUGAGGAGGCCACCUUCAAAGCACAAAAAAAACCCCACCACAGUUGGAAUGAUGCAUACUGAGUUUAAUGGGCCUUACUCAGAAGGAAGUCUGCAUAGUUUCGCAGCCUCAUGUCACAACCACCUUCAGAUGGAUUGCGCCCGGUGUGUAGGUAUCCUAUAUAUAUGAGUGGAGUGUGGAUAAAAUGAAACAGAACCCAUCUCUCUGGAUCCAUUGUUACUUUAGGCUGCGAUCCUAUACACUCUUACUUGGGAAUGUGUCCCAUUGCACUUGGUGACUUGCUUCGGUGUAAACACGCUGUUAACUACACAUCUCUCCCCUCAACGGCAUUAUCUACAGUUUCCGCUCUUAUUCUGGGGAAUAUUUCAUAGGACCCUCUGGGAUCUGUGCUGUUGGGUUUUUAAAGCGACAGGUAUUCCUAGCUCUUCACAAGCGCUGUAAGUCUAUGAACCUCGUUUCCCUCCAGGAACGAUCCCUUCCCAAUAUUUCAUUUCUCUCCACUAUCCCUAUUUCAGUGUACAACUCUCUCAUUCCAAUGCUGGGUAUUUAUUUGCUAUUUAUAUAUAUAUAUUUUAAAAAGAGGUAGCUGUGAACGCAUUUUGCACUGUAAAUUUCUUAUAAAAAGUAAAACCUUGUAAAAUCACACCAAACUCCUUUGCAGGUUUUUUUUUUAAAUUCUCCUCUAGAAAUUUCAUUGAGAUGUCUCCUGUACUGUGCUUGUCAAGUGAUCUUUGUUCCUCUUCAAAUAAAGGGCUUUUAAAUGGACUUCUGGCUCCCGUUUUUUUGUUGUUGUUGGGGUUUUUUGUCUUCUCUCUUUCUAAACGUUAGAAAAUUGUGCCAUCUACCAGCUAAUCCAAGUACUGUCGCUCUCAGAGACCUCCAAAGACCUCCAAACCCUCACCCUCAAUGCAGCCGUGUCAAGGGGGCGGGCCAAAAAGGGGGCCUGGUGAUGGAAAAAAUAUAAGGCUGCUCAGGAUGCAGAGUUUGUUCUGCUUUUAAAAGACAUAUUUCUUUUCUUUUUAUCGUGGGAGUAGGGGAGACAGAAACGGGGAGUACAAAGACAUACAGUCAAGAAGGGAAGAAAAUACAUUUGAUUCCGUUUCUGGAACGAGCCAAGGUUGGUGUCCACGGCUACCCCAUCUAACCCAGCCCUUUUUGACCAAUUUAGCCGGAUUUUUAAGACGGACGUGGAGGAUGUAGGGAGAGAGAUCGAGAAACACAUGCAGCUGUUUUUAUGUCCGUUGCACACCUUGUUUUGUGCUUGCACCCACAUGGAAAUAGAUUUCUGCGGACCCAGAGAAAGGGUAGCCUAUUCGUCAUAGAUAUUUGUUAGUAACACCGUCCCCCCCCCACAAAUCCCCCCCACACAAAUUAUUUAACUUCGAAAUAAAGCUGGCGAAAUGAUCGUGUGCAGGAAGAUGCAAGUAGCCGGCAAGCCUUGCAAUCUAACGGUUGCGUUCUAGGACAUUGGCUCAGGAGCUGGAGUUUUAUAGAAAUAGCAAUCAAGACCCCAUAAACCGAGCACCUCCUUACAAAAGGUGGGGGGGAGGUGUCUCCCCUGAACCGGGCUAGGAUUGCAUUUUCGUUCGCUUGCUAGUUCGGUGGGGUGGUUCCCCUCCCUCCAGGGACAAAAGGAGAACAGAACCCCACAAACAUACCCCUUUCCUCUUCCCGAAAUAAAUUUGGAUUGUUGUUGUUGCUGCUGCUGCUGUUUCACCUGACUGGGUGGAAAGUGAAAACCUGAGCAUCCUUUCACCCUUCCAACAUGAGGCGGAUGGGGUGCUGGCCUCCUGCGUUACACACAUUAAAUUGGAAUCUCCUUUCAAGGAAGGUUGUGCUGCGGGAUGCAGUCUCCGAAGGAAAUGAUCUGUAAAAACUCGGAGUGAAUAAACUGUAACGCAGGCCUCGAAACACCUCCACGUUUGAUAAAUGUUAUUUUAUUUUAUUGCGGAGGGAGGGAGAGAAACACGAAUGGAACUAUUCAAAUGCGUUGAUUUCAACGGGGAGCUCAGCGCGCUUACGUUCUCCGGAUCGGAAUAAAUCGAAUGUCCCUUGACCCCGGUCCUCUGUCCUCUUACUUAAGAAGUAAGCCGCCCUUUUUCAACUUUUACAGAGUAAACAAGUAUUGGAUCGUAACAAGGAAGUGUCUACAAGGUAUCCUCUUAAAAAAACAACACACUUUUAACGGAUCAGCAGAUACCAGUUCGUUCCCACACACUUUUGGGUACAGACUAGGGCUUUUAACAUUUAUA